CUUCUAAACAGUAACAAGCUUGAUCGUAUUACUUAGUCUACUCUAUCGAGUUGUUCCAUGUUUAUCAAGUCCCUUGUCUCCACCGCUUUGCACUGAAGCUCAAGUCUUGAUUAAUAGUUUUGCGUUUCCAGCUUCAUUUGUGUUUUCCUAGUGGUAGACAAUGACCCAUAGUCAGCAUAUCAAGCAAAGCAACGUGUCUACGAUGAUGGACAAAGCAACAUUGAGAAGACUGAUUGGAGAGAUGUUCAGGGAGCUUCGGGAUAAUGCCAUAAACGGUCUAGGAGACAAAGCUCGGUACCUCAAAUGGAAUAGUAAGCCCGGAAGCAACAACGAGGAGGACUCUUUUAAUCUCACACAAAUGGUUACUGACUAUGGUGUCAAUGGCGGUCUUCCGGAAGACAAAUGGGACGACUCUGUCUUGGAAAAACUGUAUCGUGGACUUGCCGACAGCCGAGUCGAGGUUGAAAUUCUGAGAGAAGACAGUGCUUCUUCCAAACAUAGCUCCUUAGCUCCUAAUGGCAAGAACCCGCGGGUGCAUGACAUACUCAGGGACCGUCUUCUCCAGACCAUCGAAAAAGCUACAGGACGACCUAUAAUAUCAUCACGAUCUUCCAAGAUUGCAGAUCCACGCAGGUCUGACCCUCGUCCGCCGAAUUCCUAUAGAUGGCAGUUUAGCAAGCAAUACCCGUCAUUUCCAACCACCAAGGGAGGAAUAUCUCGUUGGCCUGCAGAACAUAUAAGACAGUGUCACGAAGCCCUAGACAAAGGCUUCUUAGUUGCUGUUGACCUUGCUACGAAUCCAGCAAAAGAUAAGCCAUCUACCUCUCACCAAAACAACUUCAAUAAGCGUGGUGACACAGAUGAAAGACAACACGGCCAAGACGAGCAUCUGGACGAAAGGAUUGAGAUUGGAGAGGAGGAAGAGGAAGCAGAACAUGAUCAACAACAUGAGCGAGACGAGUCGAAUGAAAUAAUUCAAGAAUCCGAUGAAGCGCUUCCAGAGAGUGACUUAGACGAUGACACCCUACCAUGUCCUCCAAACAAUACCGCAGAAUCGACAAAUCAUGUGAACGUGGAUCCCGGUCUCCUCCUUAGCCGGAAUCCCUUCAAAGAAGAACUAGAGGACUUCGAUGUCGAAUCAACAAACACAUUCGGAUUGAAACGGUUUCUGGUUGACUUCCAUCAUCGAAUGUACGAAGAUACUCUUCACAUGGCACUAAAGAAGUAUGCCGAGGAAUUAAAGUGGAAAUGGAAAGUAGGGUACACUGCGAAGAAGCAAGAGCUACGAUCGGAAAUCGACAGUCUCAAUGCGCGGCUGGAGACCAAGAUAUUGGAAGUAGAAGAAGCUCAACGUGAAAUUGCCCGACUCGAUUCAGAGAGGGCAUCUCUUGUGGAGCAACUUUCGAAAACGGAUGAUGAAAGCACGAUCAAGUUGGACAAGGCUAGGGAAGCUGGCGAGGAACUAGGCAGACGCAAGGCAAUGGAUGAUGUCAAUACUGCCAUGGAAAGUGAUCUCCUGGCGUUGCGGCGUAGCAACCUAGAACAGAUCAGCAAAGUAAGAGCAGAGUCCUACAAAGAAGGAUUUGAGGCGGGACGAAAGGCUGCUCUUCAAACCACAUCAACCGAGAAUGCCGCUCUCCACAAGCUCCCUAGAACCUCGGAUGAUUCCCGGCCCACUUCACCUGCCUUGAAUCAAAGUAAUCGCAACUCAGUUGAUAUUCAGGCUCUAAUGAAAGAAUUUGAAGAAGAGCGAAUUUCGACACUUGAGCUUGGAAGGCGCCAGGGGAGAGAGACGGCCUAUCAAGAACUUGCUCUAUCUGAAGGCAACCGAGUGAACGUCCUCGUUAAAAAUGACAGCGGGCUGAACAAGAAUAGGAAAAGAACUCAGAACCAUUCAACAGAACUGGGGCGACAUCCCUCAGACCGUGCUUCCUGCUUACAUGCUCCUUGAAGGUCAUACUCCUGGCGACAAAACAUUAUCUCUUAUAGCAAGGCUAAGCAAAAAGCUCGACCCUGCCAAAGCCAGUGAGCUUCUAGUCGAAGAAAUAAAUCGACGAUGUC